AUGCAUUUAAAAAACUUUUGCUUCAUUUUACCUGCAGAAUUUGAUGAAAUCAAAGUCGUUGAUCACAAGAAGGUUCAUAAAAGAUCAACAAAAGAGCCAAAGAAUCGCCCCUGUGGCGCUCCGGUGCUUGAUUUCUUUCAUCAGUUGUUGAAAUGGGUGAGUUUCUGUUACCAAGAAGUGCCAAAGAAACGAUUCUAUGACACGGAAGGUGUGCAGGUAUCUGAGAAGUUUUGCGGUGAGAAUCCGAGGAUAUUCAGCUACUCUGAAUUGUAUAUAGCUUCUAAUGGAUUCAGUGAGAAUGAAGUGCUUGGGAGUGGAGGAUUCGGUCGAGUUUUUCGAGCAGUUUUACCUAGCGAUGGGACGGUGGUUGCUGUGAAAUGCUUGGCAGAGAAAGGGGAACACUUCAAGAAAUCAUUCAUGGCAGAGUUGGUGGCUGUGGCUCAUCUCCGCCACCGGAAUCUUGUAAAGCUGAGAGGAUGGUGUGUCCAUGAUGACCAGUUAUUUCUCGUCUAUGAUUACAUGCCCAAUCGGAGUCUUGACAGAGUACUAUUUCGAAGGCAAGAGAACGUGGAUUCAGUACUACUUCAUUGGGAGCGAAGGAAGAAGAUAGUCUAUGGCUUGGCAGCUGCGCUGAAUUAUCUCCAUGAACAAUUGGAGACUCAGAUAAUACAUCGGGAUGUGAAGACGAGCAAUGUUAUGCUCGAUUCCCAUUUUAAUGCUCGCCUUGGCGACUUUGGCUUGGCUAGGUGGCUAGAGCAUGAGGUUGAGUACAAACCCAAGACACCAUAUAGAUUAAAGAACCGACAAUUUCGGCUAGCUGAAACCACCAGAAUUGGUGGAACUAUCGGCUACCUGCCGCCAGAGAGCCUUCAGAAACGAAGCAUUGCCACUGCCAAAUCUGAUGUAUUCAGCUUCGGAAUUGUGGUGUUGGAGAUCAUUUCAGGAAGACGAGCAGUCGAUCUCACAUACCCUGAUGAUCAAAUCAUCUUGCUUGAUUGGAUCAGAAGGCUCUCUGAUGAGGGGACACUUCUGCAAGCAGGGGAUAAUCGACUCCCGGAUGGAUCCUACAAGCUUGCUGAUAUGGAACGUCUAAUACACCUUGCGCUUAUGUGCACACUUCACGAGCCCCAAUCCCGACCGAGCAUGAAAUGGAUUUUGGAAGCUGUUUCUGGCAAUAUUUAUGGUAAAUUACCAGACCUUCCAUCAUUCCAAUCCCACCCUCUCUACAUCUCCCUGACAUCCCCAACCAACAGUAGCACAAGCAACAUGACAACAACACAUUCUUCUAGCACCAUAAGCACAAAACAGGCAUUCUUCUCGUCAAAUUUUGUCACAGCCAAUGGGGAAACCAUUUAUUUAACUGCUGAAUCCGAGACAAGCAAUGUCAGCUCUUCCUUUAAAAGGUGUCACCAACAAAAUACCUUUCCUAUGGUUGAAACUCCAAGAGUAAUAACCUAUGACGAGAUCAUUUCUGCCACAAACAAUUUCUCAGAAUCACAAAGAGUAGCUGAAGUCGACUUUGGAACUGCUUACCAUGGGUUUCUUGACAGUCACCAUGUUUUAGUGAAGAGGCUAGGCAUGAGAACAUGCCCUGCAUUGCGGCUGAGAUUCUCAAACGAAUUCCAAAAUUUAAAAAGACUCCGCCACCGGAACCUGGUACAGCUACGUGGAUGGUGCACCGAGCAAGGAGAGAUGCUUGUCGUGUAUGAUUACUCGGCAAACCGUCUCUUGAGUCACAUCCUUUUCCAUCAUGAUCAAAGAAACAGGCAUUCAAUAUUGCGUUGGCAGCAACGAUACAACAUAAUCAAAUCACUUGCCUCUGCUAUUUACUAUCUGCAUGAGGAAUGGGAUGAGCAGGUGAUUCACAGAAAUAUCACAUCGUCUGCUGUCAUUCUAGAUCCAGACUUGAACCCGAGACUUGGUUCUUUUGCUCUUGCCGAGUUCUUGACAAGAAAUGAACAUGGCCAUCACAUAGCUGUCGACAAAAACAAAUCAGUUCGUGGGAUUUUUGGUUACAUGUCGCCAGAAUAUAUGGACUCUGGCGAAGCAACCACAAUGGCUGAUGUUUAUAGCUUUGGAGUUGUGCUGCUCGAGGUGGUCAGUGGACAGAUGGCAGUUGACUUCCGGCAGCCUGAGGUGCUAUUAGUAAAAAGAUUACAUAAAUUUGAGGCACAGAAAAGGCCAUGUGAAGAUAUCGUGGACCGGAGGUUAAAUGGACAAUACAGCAAUAGUGAACUGGUAAGGCUGGUGAAAUUAGGAAUGGCAUGCACACGUUUGAACCCAGAAUUAAGACCAAGCAUGAGGCAGAUAGUAAGCAUACUGGACGGUUAUGAUCAGUGGUUCAAGGAAAUCAAUCAGAAGAAGGAAAGAGAAGAAGAAUGGAAACAAAGAAAUGCUCCUUCUUUGUGUCUCAUCAGAAGAAUUCAAGCUCUUGAGGACUUGCGGUUAAAGGCAAAGUUAAUCUUCCAUGUCUGUAAUUCAAGUGUUCUUGAUAGUGAAGAGUAUUCAGGACAUCAACUUCUCUUGGAUGAAUAUAAUGUUAGCGAGCGAGCAAAGCUGUGA